AAAGGUUCAGAUGCUGCUUGCUGCACUUGUUUGGAGUCGUCUUCAGCCAGAGCGAAAGCAGAAUUAACUGCUUCCGACUUCCCAGAAGGAAUCCUGCAAGGCUCGCUUAAGCAUACUCCCUUUUCCCUCUUGCAUACACAAUUAUUGAGCGAAAGCAAAAUUAGUUGCUUUCGACUUCCCAGAAGGGAUCCUGCAAGGCUCGCUUUAGCAUACACCCUCUCCCCUCUUACAUACACAGCUAUCAAUACAGCCCACCUGUGUGUUCAGAAAGGUCCAGAUGCUGCUUGCUGCUCUUGUUUGGAGUCGUCUUCGGUCAGAGCAAAAGCAGAAUUAACUGCUUCCGACUUCCCAGAAGGGAUCCUGCAAGGCUUGCUUUAG